AUGGCCCGACUGAAUGACUAUGCGGCUCCAGCCGAGUCGGUCGACGCUCUCAAGCGGAGAUUCGUCCGACAAAAUCGCGAAAUCAUGCGAGUCAACUCCAUGCAAUCGAUGCGCAUUCGCAGCCUAGAAUCAGAAGUGUCGCAUCUCCUCAGCGAAAACGUCUCACUCCGCGGCCAAAUCAUCACCCUCACCCAGGAAAAUGAGCGAUUGGGUUCCGCCAAGGCGCUUCAGAACGGGGUUUACGAAAUCAAAGCUCGUCUCGAUGCGAAGCUUGCGGAAUUAAAUGGCCUCGUGUCGGAUCUUGGAACACUUCCUCGUAAAGCUGGGAAGAUGUUCAAGGAUAAAUCUUUCGAUACCAACUCCGACCGUCUCAAGACAGCAGAGGCGCCGCCACGGGCGAAUGACCCGGACUACAAUGCAGAGACUGAGGAUGGAAAAUUACCCGCUAUCUUGGAAGACAAAUAUUUUCCCCGCAAAACGCUAGAACCGCAAGAAGUUCAUGAUCUCAUGGAAGGCAAUUCUUGCAUGUCAGAAGCGCCCCAGAUGGAUUAUUUGGACCCCGCGACCGCGACUGAAGACACGACUUCCAGACCAGACGAAACGCCUUCGGGUAAUAAAUUCAAUCUCUCGCCGAGCUCCGAAGCCUACCUCCCCCCUACCCUCGAGACCCGCAAGAAAAAGAGAAGACCCGAAGUCGCAGCCGCCUCCAGUGAUAAUGAUGUGGAGAGUGGACAUACAGUAACAGCAACUUCGAUUUCAGAGGCGAGCGCAGGAACUUCUUCGAAAUUUGGCUCCAAGCGCAAGUUUAGUCUUGAUGACGAUGCCUUGUUCGAUCUGGCUCCUGAGGACGAUUUUCAGUUUAGUCGACUGAAUCGCAGUCCCCAGAAACAGAAAGAUACAUUCCAGUUCUUGGCCCGGGAGACUUCGAUUUCUCCUAGUAAAACACCUGUGAGCAUGAAGCAAGGGUCUGCGAAUAACAGUACCACGAAGCGGAAAGUUCUUGAACCAAAAAGCGCAAAUUCCCACCUGGGUUCCCCAAAGAAGUCCCGCGCCGCCUCCCAACUAGAUAACAAGACCCGCCCAAAUAUCGGACAAGACGAGAACUUGCCAUCCCCCCAAAAGCCCAAGGACGUGGCAAGCCAAAAAUCAAAAACACCAUCCGGGCGACCUCGUGGACGCCCGCCUUCUUUGUUGCAGAAACCUAAACGUGCCAACCAAACGAUGACCACGGAAGAUGCUACGCCAAAUCAGACCAAGACCAAGACCACGAUCGUCAAUGUUUCUAAGGACUCCCCGAUCGCAAAAUCGAGAGAGAGCAUGGAGGAUAUGUCUGACGAGACGGGUGCCUCACGUCCUUCCCGACGUCGCGGUGCGGUGGUCAGCUAUGCGGAGCCCAGUCUUCGGGCUAAAAUGCGUCGCUCGACGAAAGAUAUGGCCGAUGCGGUGGCGGAUCGCCGGUCAUCCAGUUUCCAGCUCGGUCGUGAAAGUCUUGAUGGGGAUGAUCAGUUUGUUGAAAGAAAACCAGAACUGGGAACCGAGGACAGUUCACGUACCCCAUCUAGUGGACGUGGAUAUCAUGCCGAUGCGAUCUUGCCGGAUAUAUUGUCCAAAGAUGGUGACGGUGGUUCAGAGGAUAUGAUUGCAACAGUAUCCCGCCGCAGACGCAAAGUGUCAACCGCGAAUACGAAUAAAAAGGACGAUAUUUUCGACACUUCGGACAACGCCCGUGAACCCGAACCUGAACCUGUCUAUUCUCAACGACAAUCUCGUCGACACUCCUCAAAUCCAAAGAGCAGUUACAUUAAUGUGGAUGUGGAUGAGUCGUGGUCCUCUCAAGCGGACAGCAGCUUUGAUAACGAUGACUUGAAUGGGAAUGGAUGGAAACUGCCCCCUGCCAUCGAUGCUGGUCGGAGAGAAACUCGGAUUGGUGCUCGGAGGAGAAGUAUGAUGGUCUGA